ACGAACAAGCCAUGUUUGAAAUUGGAUCAAGCAUUGGAAUCGAUUUUAUUUUUAUCAAGUUAUGGAACUUGAAAAAUUUAGAUACAGAAUCGAAGUAAGGUUCAAGCCAAAUCCAAAAUGAUAUCAAACGUUAAAAUUGAUUAAGGUUUGCCUAAUUUAUGAGAGAUACGAAGAAGAGUUCUUAACAAGAUUCGUAAGGCACACAUUUGUAGAAUGUUCUUUGUUCCUUUGUUUGACAAAUUAAGAUGUUCAGCUAAAAGAGAGGUUUAACUAUAGCCAAGUUGGUAAUCCGUAAGAAAAUUCAUUUAGUUUCGAAAAAGUUCUAAUAAGUGGUGAUCAAUCCCGUACUCUAACCAUGAAGGUGUUUGGCAUGCUUAGAGGUAGAUAGCGACAAUAAAACUGACCUCGGAAAACCAGAGCAGUGUGAAGCAGAUCAAAAGCUAGACGAGCCCAGCGACUACAACGAAACUGAUAGCUGCCGCAGCAGCUUUUGCAUAAUAAACCCAACCGGAGGCAGUUGAAGGGCUAUCGAUUGCAGCCAGCAGCCAGUCGAUCGGUGCUAAUCGCAGAUCGGAUAUAAGACCAGAUAUCGUAUGACCAGCGACUAUAAUACUAAGCCGCGGGCCUAUAAAAGUCGCCUGCCCAGGCCUGAAAGCCAGCCAGUGCAGAGUCGCCAGCCAAAUAGAUUUGAUUUUGUCGUGGAGCUCUAUCGUAGCAUUCGUGGAAUAUUAAAGCAACGCACAGUAGAUCCAAAGGUGACAAAAAGAGCUAUGGCAUUUCGUGGCAAGAAUGCGGUGGUCACAGGCGGCGCUGGAGGAAUUGGUCUGCAGGUGGCCAGGCAGCUGCUGGUGGCGGGUGCCGGGAAGGUUGCCAUAAUUGAUAUACAGGAUAAUCUGGAGGAGUUUGUCAAGCUGCGCGCAGCGCAUCCCACGCAGAGUGUCAUGAUUAUUAAAAUGGACGUUGCUAAUAAGAAGGGCGUGGAGGCCACCUACGAGGAGAUCAAGAAGACCUUCGGCAGCAUUGAUAUUGUGGUAAAUGUGGCGGGCAUAUUCAAUGACAAGGAUGUGCAGCGCACGCUCCUAGUCAAUCUGGGCGGCAUCAUCAAUUCCAGCUUGAGCGCUUUGCAGUACAUGAGCAAGGAGCACGGCGGCAAUGGCGGCAUUGUGGUCAACAUGAGCUCGGUUGUGGGUUUGGAUCCAAUGUUUAUAAUACCUGUUUAUGGUGCCACCAAGGCGGGCAUUAUAAGCUUUACGCGUUGCCUGGGCAACGACAAGUUCUAUCAACGCUCUGGCAUUAGGUUUGCCACAGUCUGUCCCGGCGCCACCAUGACGGACAUGUUUACCAAUUUCACGGAGAAGAUCAUCUUUCCAGAGACCAGCGAUGAGACAUAUAAGAUUCUGGAUCGUCUGAGCAAACAGAGCGCCACAGAUGUUGCCCGCUGCAUUCUGAAUGUGCUGGAGAAGGAGAAGAACGGCGCAGUCUAUGUGAUUGAGGGCAAACGCAUCAUACCCAUUGACAUGAAGCCGUACUGGACUGGCAAGGAGCCGGCGCUUUGAACCAACAACAUAUCCAAAAGCUGAACAAUACACAAUUAACCACUAA